AUGGGAAAAUUAUCAUUAAAAGAACUUUUAAAAGGCGUUAUCAAUGAAAAUGAUCAAAUAAAAUCGGAUGAUCUCGACAAAUUAAUCGAUCGACUUGAAAUUCUCGGGAAGAAAGUUGAAAGCGAAUAUGUUCCACGAUCGACGACGAGGAGGUCAAAGGUGCAGAAUUAUGCUGGUGGAUUCGUCUUUCGUACGAACGAUGAGAAUAUAGUGCGUCGAUUUUUGAUUAUAGGAAGUACAACGGGUACGUAUUAUGUUUCAGGACAUGAAUUAACGUUGGAGAGAGCCGAACAUCUUUGUGAUUUAAUUGAACAAGGUAAAGGACCUCUUAUUCUUCGUGAAUUGGUGGAUAUUUCUCUAGCGGGUAGUGCGCCGAAACAGGAAUCUACUUUAUUCGCUUUGGCAUUGUGUGCCCGCUAUAGAGUAUGUCGAAUCCCAACGCAUUUAUUUACAUUUUUAAAUUAUUGCAAAGUGAUUGCAAUGAGAACGGGUUCAAAGAAGCAUUCAACAGGAUUCAGCCGAGCUUUCCGGGCGAUGAUUGCAAAAUGGUAUUAUGAUUAUGAUCCUGAACGACUAGUGAUGCACAUUACAAAAUAUGGCAGUCGUUCUGGUUAUUGUCAUAUGGAUCUUUUUCGCCUUUCGCAUAUCCAUCCAAAAAUUUCCUUUCCAAAUGAACAUAAUUAUUUAAAGAGAGCAUUUUUGGAUUUCUGCAUUUUCAGAAUAUCGUCAUGUUGGGAGUGGAAAAUCCAAAGAAUCGAACAGCUUUCAGGAUUUGUGCAUGAACAUGUGCCAUCUCACUUGCUAAACUAUAAAGAAGUUUGGACUGCUUUACUGAAAGAUAUGCCGAUGACAGCUUUUAUAAGAAACCUGGGAAAAAUGACCGCAGUUGGAGUUUUCGACGAGAAGGAUUCUUGUGCAUUGGCAGUAUCAUACUUGACUAACCAGGAGAAACUUCGUAACGCUCGCAUUCAUCCAUUAUCAGUGCUUGUUGCUUUAUCCGCUUACGCUUUUAAAAGCGGUGAUUGCUUAGGAAAAGUGGAAUGCAUUCCCAAUGAGGAAAUUUGCUCUGGAUUGAGCAAAUGCUUUGAACUUACUUUUGUCAAUGUUAAUCCCACGAAUAAAAGAUAUUGUGUGGGUCUCGAUGUUUCCGGUAGUAUGUACCAGCCUGCAUCUCCAACGAGUACCAUGAAUUGCAUAGAAGUGAAAACGAUGGUAUUCGCUUCCGAAUUUGAAGAGAUCUUUUUCAAUAGUAACUGGACUUUACAAGAGGUACUAGGAGGUAAAUAUAAAAAUUUGGUAUCAAUCGAUUUCGGUAGCACAGAUUGUGCUCUUCCAAUGAUUUGGGCAUUGGAGAAGAAGGAAGAAUUUGAUGUCUUUAUCGUUAUUACUGAUAAUGAAACAUGGGCUGGUUCGGUUAAACCAUGUGAUGCACUAUGCAAUUAUCGAAAAGAAAUGAAUAUACCGGAUGCGAAGCUAAUCGUUUUAGCAAUGACAGCCACAAAUUUCACGAUCGCCGAUCCGAAUGACUCCAAUAUGUUGGAUAUUGUUGGUUUUGAUCCAUCGAUUCACGAAAUGAUUUCGAAAUUCGUGCUCGGCGAAAUUUAA